GAGAGCGCCGUGAAUUGGGGGUGGCUGUGAGCUCACGUCCAACACACAAAUCAAGCAAAUAGCGCCAAGGACAGAAGGACUUACAGCCAUAAGUUACUGCUGUGGACUGCAGUUGUUGCGAAACCCAUCUAUUUGGAUAUCUGUAUAAGGUCUUAUAUAAGUGGAUUUCGAAUCAAAAGAAAAUUCUCCAUAUCAGGUUUUAUUGUUCUUUGUUUAUUGCUUUUUGUUUAUAAUUAUCUAUUAUCAUGAAACAACUCUCUGGAUAUCAAAAAAGACAAAAAAAGAAAAAAGAAGAAGAGAUAGCCCAAAGCUUAAGAGGUUCAUUAAAUAAAUAUUUUGGUAAAGAAUCACAUAACACAACAGAAAAUUUAGUUCAUAUUUUAACUAAUGAAUCAAAUGUUAAUGAAGAUUUUGUUGAAAACAAGAAUGAUGAAAAUAAAGAAUUUGUGAGAAAUGAAAGUGAUGAGAAUGAGAAAUUUGUAGAAAAUGAGAACGAAGAUAAUGUAGAUGUUAAUAAUUUGGAUGAAAUUGAAAUUGACAAAACUAAAGAUAUUGAUAAGUUUUGUGAUGAUGAGCAUACAAACAAAUAUCAAUGUUCGACACCUAAAUAUGAUUUGAACAUAUUUGAUCCACGAGUUUGGGAUACUCUUGAUACAAAAAUGAGGGAUUUACUUGUGGAAAGAGGUCCUAAAAGAGAAGAUAUUCUUAAGUUUCCUUUAGAUAAAGAAUCGCGACACUUUUCUCAUACUUAUUAUGUUCAAAUGUUACCAAAUGGUGAGACUCGUGAUCGAAAAUGGUUAGUGUACUCGAAGGAGUUAGACAGAGUAUUUUGUAUUUGUUGUAAGUUGUUUAAAGUAAUACACACCAAAAGUAAUUUAGCAAGAGAAGGAGUUAAUGACUGGAAACAUUUAUGUGACAAACUUAAACAACAUGAAAAUAGUGUUGAACACCUCACUAAUCUAAGAGCUUUUGUUGAACUACAAAUGAGAUUAAAGAAAACAUUGACAAUUGAUAAAGAAAUACAAGAACAAAUUAAAAAGGACACAAAACAUUGGAAACACAUUAUGCUAAGAAUAGUUGCUGUUGUCAAAUGUCUUGCUAUACAUAAUUUGGCAUUUCGUGGUACACAUGACAAAAUUUAUGAAGAUAGUAAUGGUAAUUUUUUGGGUCUACUUGAAAUGAUUGCAGAUUUUGAUCCAAUAAUGCAAGAACAUUUUCGACUCAUUCAAGAUAAAAAGAUUCAUUAUCAUUAUCUUAGUCAUAAAAUUCAAAACGAGUUAAUAUCUAUUUUAGCCUCCAAAGUCAAGAAUGCAAUAAUUAAAAAAGUAAAAGAGGCAAAAUAUUUUUCAGUAAUUCUUGAUUGUACACCGGAUGCAAGUCACAAAGAACAAAUGACACUCAUAUUAAGAUGUGUAGAUGUUUCAGAGACUCCAAUUAAAAUAGAAGAGUAUUUCUUAGAAUUUAUAAAUGUAGAAGAUACAACUGGUUUAGGCCUUUUCAAUGAAUUGAAAUUUGUUUUACAAUCUUUAGAACUUGAUAUUGAUAAUGUGAGAGGGCAAGGUUAUGAUAAUGGAUCUAAUAUGAAAGGAAAAAAUCAAGGCGUGCAAAGAAGAUUGCUUGACAUUAAUCCUAGAGCAUUUUACAUGCCAUGUGGUUCUCAUUCUCUUAAUUUAGUUGUUUGUGACAUGACAAAUUCUUGUGCUAAAGCAAAAUCAUUUUUUGGAGCAUGCCAAUGUAUGUACACCGUGUUCUCUAAUUCAACAAAAAGAUGGAAUGUUUUGCUUGAAUAUAUUGAUGGAUUAACUUUAAAAUCAUUGUCAACUACAAGAUGGGAAAGCCAUAUUGAAACAGUUAAAGCAAUACUAUCUCAAGCUUCCCAAAUUAGAGAAGCUUUGUUCAAAUUAGCAGAAAUAAGUGAAGAUAGCAAAUUAAGUAGAGAUGCUGAAACGCUAGCAUCUGGUGAACUUUCAAGUUUUGAAUUUAUAUUAAGCCUUGUUAUUUGGCAUGAUAUUUUGCAUAAAAUUAACUUAGUUAGUAAAAAAUUACAGUCAGAGGAUAUGCGUCUUGAUGUUGCUGUAAAACAAUUGGCUGGUCUUGUUUCUUUUUUUGAAAAAUAUAGAGAAAAUGGUUUUUCUUUAGCUAUGGUUGAUGCAAAAAAAAUAGCAUUUGAUAUGGAAAUUGAGCCUGUAUUUCCUACAAAACGUAAAAUUAGUAGAAAGAGACAUUUUGAUGAGAUUGCUAAUACUGAAAGGGAAAAUCAAUCACCGGAAGAGUCUUUUCGAAUAUAUUAUUUUAUCUUAGUAGUCGAUAUUGCUCUUGGGCAAUUGAAAAGUAGGUUUGAACAGUUGCAAUAUUUUGAAUCUAUAUUUGGGUUCUUGUAUGAUGUUGCAAAAUUAGUUUCAAUGGAUGAUGAUGAAUUAAUGAGUUCUUGUGUGAAUCUUGAAAAUACUUUGAAAAAUGGCGACGCUUCUGAUAUUGAUGCAAAAUAUAUGUUUUCAGAAUUACAAGUUUUGCAAGUAAUGUUACCAAGUGAAUCUUAUGAAACAAAUAAAAAAUGGUCUUCCAUUCAAAUAUUAGAGUUUUUAAAAACAAUGGAUAUGUUUCCAAAUGUGAUGAUUGCUUAUAGGAUAUUAUUGACAAUACCCGUGACAGUGGCAUCUGCCGAAAGAAGUUUUUCAAAAUUAAAAUUAAUAAAAUCUUAUUUACGGACCACAAUGACUCAAGAUAGGCUAAAUGGAUUAGCAAUUUUAUGUAUUGAAAAAAAUAUUUUGGAAAAUAUUGAAUAUGAUGAUAUUAUUGAUGAUUUUGCCUUUAAAAGUGCAUCACGAAGACACUUUAAAUGAGUUGCCCCUGUGUUUUUUUUUUACUUUUUUUUUUCUUUUUGUGAUCCUGCUACACUUGCUACUUUUCUGUUAUUAAGUUGUUUGCUUAACAAGUGAAACUACUUAAUCCGACCUCACCUUUUGUCCAUGCAGGCAUUACAAUAUGAAUCAUAUACGAUUGGUUUGGUCCUGUAUCUGGAAUGUUCUUUCUGAAUUUUUUGUUUCAGUUGGGUUGUCAGAAAAUCUUUCGGUCGCAAUCUUUGUAAUGGAUUCACUAAGGCAAUUAGUUAUGAAAUUUUUGGAGCGAGAAGAACUUGCUAAUUAUAACUUCCAGAAUGAAUUCUUGAAACCUUUUGUGGUCAUCAUGCAGAAAAGUAAUUCUUCUGAAAUUUGUGAGCUUAUUGUUCGAUGUGUUUCUCAGAUGGUUUUGAGUUGUGUUAAUCAUGUGAAGUCUGGGUGGAAAAGUGUUUUCAUGGUUUUCACAACUGCUGUCGCUGAUGACCGUUCCCUUCAUUGCCUGUUGACAAUCUAUACAUGGAAGAAGUGUACGUUAAGUUUGGAGAGGAAUUAUGCUUCACUGUUGGAGGUCAGCAUAUUCCUUUUGGUGCAUCACCACAGAAUAUCUGGACUGAACUUGAACCUCCUUGUAGAAUCUAUCAGAAGCAAAUAAUUCGACUGUUCAGAUAUCUUUUUCUUGUGUUUUGCUAUUCUGAACUCCUUAGUACUACUUUAUAGGGACUAGUAUUUAGAAAGAUUUUAAUUCUUAACC